UUCGUCUGUCAAGUGACCAAAUUGAGUUUGCUGACCACGGACAUCGAAUAAAUGGAAGCAUUGCAUAUAUGCGGCGCUGGAAGCUCGGAGAACCACAAGAUGCACAUUUUAAAUGCUUCUCCGGCCUUAAGUCCUCGUUUAUUAUUUCGCAUCUUCCAUCACUCCGUAAUUGAUGGCUCAUAGGAAAUAGUUUCCCUUUUCCUUACUUCCCCGACCUUCCAACCACCACCAACAAUCAUCGCCAAAGAUAAGCCAAAGCACGUCACUAGACGACAACCGGCCAAAGCUUCAUGCAAGACCGCCCAGGAUUUGGAAAAAUCCAGGCAUAUAUUCGUUCCACGCGAUGUCUUCUUUUCCCAUUCAUUGGGCUGCCACGCCCGCGAGAAUGAAGGCUGCACCCCCGAACAUUAGACCCAAGAUCCCGGCCCAGAACACCGCCACUCUAAAGAGAAACAGAUUCAACAUCAUUCCUGAUACGAAGACCAGAAGGGACAGCCUUCCCCACCCGCAAAACGGCCUUCUUCCGCGCCUUCCCCAUCUUGAUGCCUCAUCACUAUCAACCACCCGUCUCCACCCAUCUUUCUUAUUCCUCUCGUCCAUGUCCGCUAUCGACCCUGUCUGUUCCAUUAGUGCUAUCACAUCUUCCUCCACCCUCAAUAAACACCAACUCACACAGUUGCUAUCUACUCCCGGCGGCACUGGCGACAUUCAGCGCGAGGGCAUCAAGGCAAACAAAGCCCUGCCCCCUUUCACCGUUCUGAUGCUUCAGUAUCAGGCACUUUCAGCUUCGAAUAAGACUGUCCGCAUGAAGAACAGGGUUCGUGAGAGCAAGCACAACGAUGACCGGGUCAGUGGCAACGACAAAGGAGACGGUGACGAGGAGUGCGCAGACAAAAACAACAGGGAGGAGGACAGUAGGGAAAUUGAGGAUUAGGAUUUCUUGUUUCGGUCCUUGCCUAUGUUCUCGGGCGACG